AGAAAGCAGGAAACGAGAAAUAACAUUAAAAAGGGCAGCCCUGAAAGCGUAACCAAAUAGUAAAAUGCAGCUGCCGAGGGUUUUUUGGCUCGUAGAUAUGGCUCAGCAGUAGCACAAACGUCAGCGCCUCAUUCGAUUCUAGCUUCAUUCAAUCAUAUUGACCCGCGCCGCUGACUGAAUUCGCCAGCUGGUCAAACACCUGUGCAAACACAUGUGUGCAUUGAUGGCAUAUCCUACGAAUUUCAAGCGUCGCCAUCUUUUUUUUAACUGUUAGUAAGCCAUAUGCUGUGGCACAGCCACUGCACUAAACGAAAAGCAUCAUGAAGGCUGCCGCUGUCCUCCUUCUGGCCGCUCUGGUCGCUGCUGUUCCACGGGCUCGCCGCCAGGCGGCCCCCCUUCCCGACGGCAUCGAGCUGCUGCUGGGCCGCGCCCUGCAGUCGUCCUUCCAGUGCACGCGUGACGGCUACUACGCCGACCUGGAGACCAACUGCCAGGUGUUCCACGUGUGCCGCGGCGUGACCAAGGAGAACGGCAACGUCGAGUUCGAGCACCACGCCUUCGCCUGCGGCAACCAGACCGUCUUCAACCAGGCCUCCUUCACCUGCGCCUUCCUCGACGAGGCCAUCCCGUGCAACAGCGCCAAGGACUUCUACUACCUCAACGAGCGCCUCUUUCAGGACAAGGACACCCCCAUCCUCGGAGACGACGACGCCCAGAAGGCCGCCGAAUUCUACCCGGCCCGCGCUGCUGCCAAGGCUUAAACAACGGCAUGUGCGAAGGAGUGCCUGAUGAAUGACUGUGAGUGCGUGUACAAAGAACGUAUUAAAUAAUAUCAACCAGUAUAA